AUGCUUCCUCUCUUCAUCAAGAUGCUUCCUCUCUUCAUCAAGAUGCUUCCUCUCUUCAACAAUGUACUUCCUCUCUUCAUCAAGAUGCUUCCUCUCUUCAACAAUGUACUUCCUCUCUUCAACAAAGUGCUUCCUCUCUUCAUCAUGCAGCUUCCUCUCUAA